AUGAUUUGGACGGAACCAAAAGAUCAUUUCAAACACACUGUCCAGUACCCAAAUUUCUCAUCUGCCAACAGACCAAUCCUACAUAGUGCCGAACUACCUGUGCCAAAGCCUCCAAAUCAAGCAGAAAGGCAGGAUUCUGUUCCUAGUCCGGAAUUUGUUCAUAGUCAACACGAUGAGGUAUCUCAAGAGAGUGACCCAAGUUAUGAACCGUCAACUUCAAAAGAACCGCAUUUAUUGACACAAAGUGAUUUAAACGAUUUAAAAACACGUAUUAUUGACGAGGCGAAUAUUCUUAUACAUUACACCCCACGGUCCCACAGUAACUAUUGGAAGUGUAUGAAAGGAGUUUGUCAGUUUCCUUUUGAUGGCCCCGGAGUAAGACUGGCUCAUGCAUAUUUUCCUAUAACCGAUGAUAAGUGUAAAGAAAUUCAUUUGGAUUCGGAGGAACAUUGGUAUGAAGGUUUAGAGCCGGGCCCUGCUGGUACAGUAGCUUUACUUCCUGUUCUUAUGCAUGAAAUCGGGCAUACUUUAGGCUUGUCGCAUACUACUGAUGUUAAUGUUAUAAUGUAUCCCUGGUUCAAAACGGUCUAUUCUCUUGGAGAAGACGAUGUACAUGGCAUUCAAUUUUUAUAUGGCGCCCCGUUAAGUACUACUACGCAUACUCCGACCACCCCAAUACCAAGAGUGAAGUCAAUAAACCCUCCUACUACAACAACAGGUCCGUUACCUAGAUUGUGUGACGUUAAGAAACCUGAAAAAAUGUUGAUAACGUCUAAUCACCAUUUUUAUAUUUUCAACGGGGAGGUAUUAUGGAUUGUUGAGUUAAAAAACUAUAGCUAUGGACCAGCAGUUAGAGUCUCAUCAUAUACGGAUAUAGCACCUAUCGAUUUCAUUUAUCAAAGGCCAAACGAGGAGUUUGUCGUUAUUUCGGGGGUUUAUUACUAUAUAGUAGAGUUUCCCAGCCUCCGCAUCAAACAUGGAUACAAAAAGAUCCCCCUAACAAUGUUAGGGCUAAAAAACGUUGUUAAGAUACCCUAA